AAGGUCAGCAAGUAUGGCCUCCAUACGAAAUGUUGUUCGUUCGUCUUUAUCAGUGUUUUUAGGUUUAUUUAUAAUAAACGAGCUUAUUUCGACAAGCUUUGUAGCAGCAGUAAGAAAAGAACCUGCGAUGUCCAGCAUGAAUUUUGCGGGGCCCACUCUAAAGUUUUUGUUUUGUUACUCCUGAGGGUACCGUCGCGUGUAUGAGCAGUUUUCACAUGCCAUACGCGAGAAGUAUCCUUAUCUCUCCAUCGAAGGAGAGAACUUUCCCGCUCCGCCUCUUUAUUCAUCCUUUGCGAGUUUUCUCAGCAUUGCCAAAUUCAUAAUCAUAUUCCUAAUUCUGUCCGGAAACAACCCGUUUACGUUGUUGAACAUGGAAACGCCGACCUUUUGGACGUGGGCCAUCGAAAACAAGGUCUAUUCUUGUAUGAUGGCAUUUUUUAUAUCAAACUUCGUUGAGACCCAGCUUUUGUCUACAGGAGCGUUUGAAAUAGAAUUUAACGAUGUUCCGGUAUGGUCCAAGCUUGAAACGGGAAGAGUUCCAUCCCCGCAAGAAAUGUUCCAAAUCAUCGAUAAUAACAUGAGGAUGAACAACUUGAACAACGAGUUCUAAGGGAUGACUCAUGCGAAGGGACAGAGAGACGAGGCGAUGGCGCUGUGGAGCUCCCAACGUGAUUCCCUUGCUGACGACCGAAUGAAGGUUUGCACGUAAACUGGCAAUGAACGGUAGUGCACGCCGGAGGAAAAGUCGUCGUAGCGGGAGCAUCACGUAGCGAAUACCCAGCAGCUUUUUCGACCUUUGUCUCUCUCUCUCUUCCUCUUCCUCCUCCUCUCUCUCCUCCUCCUCCUCCUCCUCCUCCUCCUCCU